AUGUCUCCAAAAUGCCCAAACAGACUGCUACCAAAGAUCCAAUGGAAGAAUCAGGAUAAAUAUGUUGACUAUGGGAAGAAGCUCAAUCUUAGUCAGAUUGGAGCAACUGUCCCAGCUACUGUCCCAGCUACUAUUCCAGCUAUAGUUCCUGGAGCUUCAGCAUCCACAAGUGGAGCAUCAAGUGUUGCGGGAAGCAUUAACACACCUUUGCAACUUGCUCAUACUACAGGUAAUCAAAUGAUGCAAGUUCCUUCUGGAAUGCAGCUCAUGCAGAUUCCAACUCAAGGUGGCAGCACUAUUACUGUCCCUUAUUCUAUGAAUGCUAACGGUGAGAUUGCGUUCAGUGGAAUGCAACUCAGCCGACAAGGCUUCAGUGGUGCUCAAGUGCGCCAAGGAUUCAAUGCAACUCAAGCUCAAACUCCGCAAGCUGUGAAAACUGGAUAUUUUGAUACGUCAAAUGUCUUUCACGAUGCGGUAUCAAGGGAAAGCAUGAGAAUGGCAAUGAUGUCUAUCUUAUUCCAUGUCCUGCUGGUAUGA